AUGUCCCAGCCAAACCAUGAUUUCUUAGCACCAGCGGAGUACGGUCUUCUCGCGGAUUUCUCGCCUUGGCCAUCGCCUGCUGACUUUUCUGUGACUUUACCGGUCCAGAACACGGGCUCUUCAUUCAUAGAAGGCAACCAUGCCGCAGAGAUGGCUCUGCCCGUGUACUACAGUCCGUAUGACUCAUCACAGGCGGCUACAAGUCCCUUGAAUCCAGUACCUACGAACUCUGUGGCAACAUGGCAACCCCAAGUAGAGAGAAACUCGAGUCAGUCUACUCCGGUCACACCGCUGCGGCGUCUGCGAGUGCCGCAGACUAUACAGGCUUCACAGAACAGCCGACCCUUCUACUCGGUUGAGUUUCAGGUCGGCGGCUCCUGCGGUGUACGUAUACGCGAUGUGCUGAAAGAGCGCGUUCGCGUCGACCGCAGUGCGGAGCGUGUCUUCGACUCAGUCGGAGUUCGCCAAUUCCGCCUUGUCAUUGCUUGGCCAGGCUACUCAAACUCGGGCACAUACAUACCAGUGCAGAGUAACGGCGGGUACAUCAAUCGUGGACGGCUCGCGACGCUCAUCUGCCUCCAUAUAGCUCGCUUCAUGAACAGAGCCUCAGCUAGGGAGUGGACAAUCGGUCGGAGGGGGAUCAAGGUAGAAAAUGUCUGGCUUCUUUCAGUUUCGCCCGCUUUAAGCAAUAUCUGGCUUGCUGAAAUUGAAGUCCAGCUCUAG